GAAGAAUCCCUCAUUUACCCAACAAAGUUCGGAAAGCGCCAGUCAGAAGCGUCAAUGCAUAGCCACUGCCUGCAAUGAAGCCCAGUUUUCGACUAAAAGUUCUAUUGCUUUGGUCCACAGCCGUUACUCUUCUUGGCUUUUCGAAUGCAGCUAUCCAUGAAAAAGCACUCCGUAACAGCAAUGCAAACAAUAACCAGCUUCCACAACGAAGCAACAACAAAGGAUACAUUAAUACUGGUGGACGAUCUACUUUCCGAGAAUCAAAACUGAUUCUCGUUUCCACUUUGGAUGGUUCCAUCAUUGCCAUGGACAAAUUUGAAGAAUAUGUCUACUGGACCUUAAAAGGAGGUCCCAACGGCGAACUUCUGAAAACUGAAAGCUACUUUCAUACCGAGAACACUAGCCAGAACCAGAGUCCAGAAUUUGAUUACGACGAUAUCUUUGCUGAUACAGUUGGAGAUGAUUACGAAGAUGAUGACGAAAGAGAUAUGUGGAGUGAUCUCCCGCCCGACAUUGCUCCUCUUGUCGAUAUGGGUGAAAACGAUGUCCCUUCCCCAAGCGAUAUUUUCUAUAUUGUCGAACCAAAAGACAAUGGAACUAUUUAUCUUUACCAAAAUGGUCAGAAGUUGACGCAACUUCCCUUGUCGAUAAAGGAAAUGGUCGAUAAAGCACCUGCUAAAUUUGACGACGAUACCGUUUAUGUUGGAAGCAAAUCUACAAAGCUUAUUGCUGUGGAUCCUCGAAACGGUCAUAUUCGCAACAAGUUUGAUAUGGAUAAUGCAGGAGAUGCUUUCAUCAUCGCUUCGCAACACCGCCUUCCUUCAGACACUUUAUUCAUUGGUAGAGUUGAUUACCGACUGGAGAUUUUCAACCCAGCGAAAAAGUUCCGUUGGAACGUUAGCUACAGUGAAUACGUUCCUAAUUCUUUUGACUUGGACAUCGAUAUGCUGAGAAAAACUCCAUCAUCGUUUUAUGUUGCUCCAGGAGCAUCAGGAGAGAUAACUGCAAUAGAUCUCAUUAAAGGAAAUGUUCUUUGGUCAAGACAACUUCCAUACCCAGCCGUCGAUGUUUUUGAUGUUUACUCUCGACCUGAUGAUACACUCUCCAUUGUUAAACAGCUUGUUCCUCAAUUGCCGGGUACAGGUCAAAUUGGAGAACUUCUUUCAAAUCGUGUUCCUGCUAAGACGGCCUACGUUGGGAACUACAAUGGUUACAUAUUCGCAAUGUCAACAGAUAAUUUCCCAUUAGUUCAACUUGCCAAAGCUCAUGGUAGCAAUACAAAUUACCCACUCUUAGAGUCUGGUCGAAAACAUGAGGAAUAUGCUGGCGGUUCCGGUGACGGUCCUUCUCAGCAUAAAGUUUACACUCGGCCAGAAUCAGACGAUCAUUUGUACGACCCAACACCAGACACUAGGUGUCGUAUUGACAAUCCAGAUUUUUUGGCUUGUAUGCGAGGACUACACGGCGUGAAGAGACUAGAAGCUUCAGGAGCUAGAGGCCGGCUCGACCCCGGCGACAAUACUUUGGAAAACCAAUCCGGAAGGUUCCAACCACCAGUAACUCAUGAACCUGGCGACAAAUGGAAACUCGAUGGCGCACAAAUAGCUAAACCAGGAACGUUCCAAGAUGGUGUGGGGAAGUAUUGGAAAGCAGUUUUCCUAUUCAUUCUCAGUUUCUUUUACUUGAAGCGAAAGUACUUGCAAGACAUUUGCAAACUGUACUGCGAACCAAUGAUCAAGCAAUACGUACUGCCAGUUGUCAAUCCUUAUCUUGAUGCCUACCGACGACAACGCACAGUUGAGGACGUUGAUAGUGAUGGCGGCAAAUCUGACAAGAAGAGCAGGAAAAGUAAUCGAGGUCGGAAAAAGAGCAAAGAAGCGUCUACAUCGGAGGCAUUGAAUCCACAAGCAAAUAGCACAGCCAUUGAUAUUCAUUCCCAACAGCAAGCAAAUGGUGAUCGUUCCGUCACAUUCGCACACGACACUAAGCACGAAGAUGGAGACAACCAUACCAUUGUUGACUUCUCCAACGAAACAGCCACCAAAUUUUCUAAUUCCCAGUUGCCUUAUGGGUUCACAAAGUCAACACCAUUGGUUUCUAGCGCUUUAAAUGUUACUGAGAUUAUCCUUGGUUAUGGCAGCCACGGUACCAUUGUUUACAAAGGAACCUUCGACGGUCGUGAUGUAGCUGUCAAGCGAUUAUUGGUAGAUUUUUAUGACAUUGCAUCCCAAGAAGUUCGCCUCCUUCAAGAAAGUGACGAUCAUCCCAAUGUUAUUCGGUAUUACUUCAAAGAAGAAAGGGAGCGAUUCUUGUAUAUUGCUUUGGAGCUUUGUUAUGGCUCUUUGUACGACUAUAUUGAAAAAUCCAGCAUUGUCACUGACCUUCAUCUGCUCGAUACGGUCAAUCCAGCCAAGAUACUGUACCAGAUGAUUUCUGGGUUGCACCAUUUGCAUAGUUUGAAGAUCGUACAUCGCGACAUCAAGCCGCAAAACAUUUUGAUCGCUCCUGCCAAAACUAAGCCUGGACAGCCCAAGAACUCUUCCAACGUGCGCGUUAUGAUAUCCGACUUUGGUUUGUGUAAAAAACUCGAUGCAGACCAAAGCAGCUUCCACAAUACCACUGCUUCAGCGGCUGGCACCAUUGGCUGGCGCGCUCCUGAACUAUUAUCUGGGCAGGCUUCCUCUGGUUCAGGCAGUGGCCAUUCCAACAACAGCAUACCUGGCCAAGAUAAAUCCGCAUCGUCAUUGUCAUCCACUACGGAUACUUUAAUUGGCACUGUACGUGUUACUCGCGCCAUUGAUAUCUUUUCAGCAGGCUGUCUAUUCUACUACGUCCUUAGCCAAGGCGAACACCCUUUUGGAGACAAGUUUUCACGUGAAGUGAAUAUCCUCAAGAAUCAAUACAAUCUCGAUCGUUUGGAAGAUUUGGGCGACAAUGCCAUUGAGGCAAAGGAUUUGAUUGAGCGCAUGAUUUCAGCCAAUCCAAAGGACAGACCUUCCGCAGAACAAAUUAUGAUUCAUCCAUACUUUUGGAACAAUACCCAACGUCUUGCUUUCUUGCAAGAUGCCUCUGACCGGUUUGAAAUAGAAGAGCGAAAUCCUCCAUCACCGUUAUUGCAAGCUUUGGAAGCAAAUGCACCACAAGUAGUUGGUCGUGACUGGUACAAGCGCUUAGACAGGGUUGUGGUCAAUGAUCUAGGAAAGUUUAGAAAAUACGAUGCCGGAAGCAUUCGAGAUUUAUUACGAGCCCUUCGCAAUAAGAAACAUCACUACCAAGAUCUGGCGGAACCUGUCAAACGUGCAUUUGGCGAGCCUCCAGAUGAUUAUCUCCACUACUUUACUUCUAGGUUCCCGUACUUGCUAUUACACGUCUAUUACAUUGUAGCAGAAGACGAAUGGCUUCGUGGGGAAACAAUGUUUAAAGAAUACUUUCAGCUUCACUGAGCUUUAGGGCUCGAAAACACUUGUACAUUAUAUCCAGUUCAUCCCCCUCUCAAUUCAAAUCACCCCUUAUGUGCAGAACCAUCUUCUUGUGUUUCAAUUUGUUUGUGUCUAGUAACCGCAUUGAACGUUUUCUAUUAUAUUACUAGUGCAAUAAGGCUUUUGCUCUAUAUCUACAAUGGAUGUACCGAAUCAAAUAAACCUUUAAUCCACUACUCUAUUUCUCGGGAAGAACGCCGUUGAAGUGGACUUUGACAACGUCAUCUAAAUCCUCCAUUUCUCCCAAACAUUUUUCGACCAUCUCUUGUACUUCCUCAUCCGUGACUUCCACUGUGGUCGUUGGGACGUAGGUAGCUGCCAUUUCAUCGACUUCGUAGCCAUGUUCUUUGAUUUUCUGGGUCACAGCAUUUAAAUUGGUGAACUCGCAGAUGACCUAAAAAAUGAUGUGCGGUUAGGGACCAUGUGGCAGCCUAUCAGAUCAAUGUUCCGCAUCG